CAAUAAUGUCGAAUAAAAUGGAAACCGAUCAGACUGACAAAGAUUCAGUCCCGAAGCCCGAUAAAAUGUUCACUCUUAAGAAGUGGAACUUGGUUGCAAUGUGGAGCUGGGAUGUUGAAUGUGAUACAUGUGCUAUCUGUAGAGUCCAGGUAAUGGGUAAGUUACCGAACACAAAAGUAGGCGUAAGGCAGUGAAGUUGAGUCGGGUCCGUUGGAAUGAAGAUGAUGAUGAAGUGAAGGCGAAGGCUUUUACAAACUUUACUUUUAAUUCAUUUUAACACUUUUAACUUUUGUUUAAGGUUUAAUUUCAAAUUUGUAAUUAAUGGAGAUUGAGGCCUAGUUAUUUAUUUAAUAAAUUAAUUAAUUAGGAUAGAUUUAGUUGUAGGGUUCAGGGUUAGUCAGGUUAGGUUUAGAAAUAGAUUUAGGGUUCAGGUUAGGCUUAGGGGGGAUAUAUUUAGGCAAAUUCAGGACAUUUUUCAUUAACUUUUAAAGUUUUAUUAAUAAUUUGAGCAAACAAGAGUUAUUUUAAUUUCCACGGCCGCCAUCUUGGCUGCCCUGUGAACCCUUCAAAGUUCAUGGCCACGGGUCGCGCCAACCAAGUUGACGGCGUAUGAUACAUCACGGUGCCAUCUCUUCGCAUUUAUCGAUUAAGGUUUCAGGUUAGGUUUAGGGAUACAUUUAGGACAUUUUUUCAUACACGUGGGAGUUAUAUGUCCGGAGGGCAUGUCACGUGACUGCCGGACGACUGGAAGGCGUUAUUAUUCCGGCUGGUCAUGUGACAAAUGGUCGCCGGCAAAAUAGUUGGAUUGCAUUUGAUAUUCCGAUCCUUAGAUAAUAAAUAAAUGCUGAACAUGUUAAUAUAUUCAAAUGCUCUGAGAUACAUAAAGUAUCUGCAUAUUAAACUAGUCAGCCUAUAUUUAUAUACUAACUAGUAGUACUAUUACUACUACUAUUACUAGUCUAUUUGAUUCCGACCUCUCCAAAGAAAAAGUCCCUUAUCUUGGUUAAACAUCUUGUAAAGCUCUACCUUGAAGCCUAAAUUUAAAAUAUGAACAAAAUAAAAUAAGACCAGUAGACUUCAAUAGACUUAUGUCAAUAAAGUUGUAUUUCAGGAUUAGUAUUGCAUGAGAAGUAGGCUAGGCUACCACUAUAUCGACCCUAUAUUAAGAUGUAGGGUCUAUUUCUUUGUGAUCUAUCUGCCUCCCCGCCUUAAACUUAAUUAUUUAUCACCCUAACUAUUAUUUUUUUAGCAUUCAUAUUUUUUUAUUACCGUAAUUGUCUCUCCCUCUCAGCAUUGCUUCCUUCUAGAAUGCAUUAUUGCUUAACCCCCACUUUGUUUUGGUAAUAUACCCAAGUAUUUUUUUCUAGUAUUUGUUUGCAAGAUACUCAGUAAAUUAUUUGGUAGAGAAAUAGAUUUUAAAAUCAACAAUAGUUUUCAUCAUUCUCGGUCACGUGAAAAGGCUGACGGACAAAUAUCUCGCGUCACUUUGUUACGGUGGUCAUGUGACUUGGUCGCCGGACAAAUAGUGCAGGAGAUAUUCAUGUGGCGCGCCGGACGUGUAGACACUGACUAAUUUUUAACGUUUUAUUCCCAAUUUUAGCAAAUGUGAGUUAUUUAAAUUUUCCACGGCUGCCAUCUUGGUUCCUGUGAACCCGUCAAAGUUCAUGCGUCGCGUGAACCAAGAUGACAGCCAUAUGAUACAUCACGGUGCCAUCUCUUCACAUUCACAUUUACCAUUUAAUUUGAUCAUAAUUCAAAAUUUAAAUGUGCAAAAUCACAGAUGCUGACUGAUGUGGUGACAGUGAAAAUGUAUACACUCCUCAGAAUGGUGGUCCCAUGCCCAUAUUAUUUCUACAGAAAUAAAAUAAAAAAUUAAUUUUUACCUCAUGGAAUGACAUUAAAACACUUCAGUCACUAGUAUGACAUGUAUUUUUUAUUUGCCAAUUGUUUUGUCAUGUAUUUUCAGUAGUUUUAAAGCGAAAUUUUAAUAUAAAACAUGUAUGUAAAAAGUCAGUCAAACACUUAGGUUGGUUUAGUCUAUUUAGCCGAUGUAUGGCCAGAUUUUUGCCAGUCUCAAACCAAAACCAAUAUUCAUAUGGUUAAAGUACUGUAAAAAUAAUAGACCAUUAAGUCAGAUUCAGAGGCAUCAGCUUACACUGGAGUGUAGGGACCAGGCUCUCUAGAGCAUUGAAGGUCCCAUCUUGAUGUCAUUGCACUGUAGGUCCAUCAAAUGGGGCCUGUACCAGUAUGAAGGGUGGGGGUAAUCUUGGCUAAGAGGUGGAAUUAAAACGGCCCUCCUCAGAACGUGCCCGGCAACCAGCCUAAUAGCCGAGAUAAUUUCUGGCAUAACUGUUUACUUGUAAUUUUGUUUGCAGUCUAAUCAUUGCAAGUAUUACUAACUUUGUUUGGAGUCUAAUUAUUGCAAGCGCUGGUUCAUAUUUCUAAUAAUAUUUUACAAGGAAACAUUCUGUAAACUUUCGACUCAACGCCGAUGGCACUUUAUGACAGCAUGCUUUGGUUAGUGUGGCUUGUUGAAGAAUGUCUAAUAAAAAACAGCAAUAACAGCGGUAGCUGUCCCAUGUCUUUAGUCCGAUGUGCUGAGUCACUCAUGGAUAUGCAGUCAAUGCAAUACGAGAUGCAGUGUACGCACUGGGUCAUUUUUUUUCAAACUGUGGGCUUAGCACACAAAAGAUCUCGAUAGCAUUGAAAAUUGGGACACCAAUUGAAUGUCCCAAUUGGUUUCAAGCUCAACAAAAUCAGCUUGGAGGCAUCGCUGCCACUUGGCAACCUAUUUAUGGUGAGGUUGACAGGGGUGCGUGUGUGAUGCCGAUGAUUACGCUCUGAGGGAAAGGGGGAUGGUAGCGGAUUCAUAAAAACACAACGUUGGAAAUUCAUUAGAACAGUGGUUCUCAAUCUUCCUAAUGCCAUGACCCUUCAAUACAGUUCCUCAUGUCGUGGUGACCCCCAACCAUAAAAUUAUUUUCGUUACUACUUCAUAUAUAAGUUUUUCUGAUGGUUGUUGGCCACCCCUGGGUUAGGGUCUUUCGAUCCCCAAAGGGUUCACACUGGAGCUUUGUCAUUAUCAUUUUUUUAAAACUUACCUUGUUCCUGGUACAAAUAUUUAUGUGAGUGUGUAGCGAGGGGGGAAGGGUCUGAGGUUACAUCAUUAGUUAAUACUUUAUCGUAUGAAAUAGUUUUAACGGCACUCCUCAGAAUGGCGGUCCCAAAUUAAAAAUUUAUUUUGUAAAAUAAUUUUAAUUUGGGACCGCCGUUCUGAGGAGUACCAAAAUGUACUUCUUACACAGCCACCCAGCCAUUGCAAUUGUCAAUUAGUACUUUGACAGAUAUUUGAAAUAUUGUCCUAUUUCCAUAAAAGAUACAUCACUUUAAAGUGCUAGCUAUAAGCUUUAUAAAAACAUAAAUUUCAUCUUUCUAUCUUUUAUAGAAGUGGAGUUAUGAUUUUUUAUUUUCAAUUUUUUUAACCCCCUUCUUUAUAUUUGUAUUUAAUUCUCUUAUAGUCAACAAGUUCGUAACGAGCAAUCUAACUUUUUUAUUAACACUAAAGGUAAAUAAUAUGGUGAAUUUGAUUCUUAUAUGAUUCCCAAGUCCAGCAUCACUUUAAUUUCUUCCUUGAGCUUUGUAGGAUUUCAAUGGUUUUUUUAUCUAACAGUUCGAUUUUAUGUUCGCCUAUUAUUGUUUUUCAUGGAAUAUCAUUUAGUUUCUUAUUAAUGUCCACCUCUGUGGACUCUGCUACCGUAUGUUUAUGGUCAGUACAGUACAUUCAGUUCUCCCUCAUCAUCUGUACUGUCUCCCGCUAUCACUACGGCCUUCCCGCCAUGCCUAACGUUAACUUUGUUCUCCUUCUUACAGAGGCAUAGCGAGAGUGCUUGGCGCCUGCGGACAAUAUUCGCACCCAGGGACAAGAUUCAUUUUAAAGCGCCCCCUUUUCUUUUUUCAACUCUCAAACCCAUUAUCUUCAUCAAUAAAAUAAUAUCAAAGCACAUUUUGAGGUCCUUAGUUAGGUGGUGUGGUGCCCGGGGACAUAUGUCGUCCCCCGUCCCCCCGUUGCAACUCUGCCUCCUUAUUAUUUGUUGCUCCCACUCUGUUAAAAUACUUGACAUUCCUAUUAAGAUGAUACACUUUCUUCUUCUGCCCUCUUUUCAUUAAAUUUUGAUACUAUUCUUGUAUUUUCAUACAGCUCCACAGAAUGUAAUGUUACCGUAACGUGUUUCGCUUCAUUGGCUUCAGUACUAAUACUUUUACUCCUAUUUGAAUGUCUUUGACUACUGUAUUGCGAUCAAAAUACAUUUUAUGUUUUGCUGUCUUAUUUUCCUUUGUAAAUAACGUUUAUAGUAUGGACAUUGGCCCUCUUACUUUUCUAUCAAACAUUAAUUCAUAUGGUGAAAUUAACGUGGUCUCAUAUGAUUGGGAACUUUCCUGUAAGCAAAAAGUAUAGCCGGUAAAACGUUAUCCCAGUUUUUUAGUUCAUUUUUAGCUACUUUUCUUAACAUUGUUUUUAGAGUGCCAUUCAACCUCUCCACCAUUGCAUUGGAUUGUGGAUGUUAGAUUGACAAAUGGGUGGUACUGAUAUUAAAGAGUUCGCACACUUGCAUGUAUAACUCCAAAGAAAAUUAAGGGCCAUUAUCUGACAAAAUUACUUCAGGAAAACCCAUUCUUGUAAAGAAAGAAACUAGUGCUUCACAUAUAUCUUUUGCAGUAGCAUUUUUCAAUGGAACUGCCCCGAGCCACCGGGUAGCCAUAUCAAUUAACGUAAGUAUACAUCUAUUUUUAUUAGUGCUAGUUUGUAGGGGACCAUCAAUAUCGAUAGCCACUUUUUGGAAAGGUAUUCCAAUGACCUAAGUAUUCUAUACAAGUACCCAUUUCUACUUUGAAACAUAAAGAGUCCCUGUCUUGUAUUUUCAGCGCUAUUAUUUUUUUAUUUAUCCCAAUAUUUAUGUAAUUCCUGGUCUUUCAUUUGCUCUUUCAUACUUUCUGGUAACACUGGCACUGCCCCGAUGGUACUUUCUGCUGUCUUAUCAUUCUCCCUUUCUUUUUUACUUUGUGCUCUUGUCACUAUAUUUCUGUAUUGAUAAAAUGAUCUAUUUGUUUCUUCUCCAACAUUCCCUAUACCGGUAAUAAGAUUGGCAACUGGGUUCUCGGACAGAGCGGCCAAAAAUGUCCCCUUCAAAUAUUUAGUAUCUAUAUCCAUGUAUGCAUUUUUAUUGUCCCGUCUAUAAGUCUCAAUUUAUAAUUUACAUCCAUUACCUGCUGCCGAGGUACUAACUCUUUUCUGCACCCAACUAUUGUGCAUCCUUCCCAAAUAAUUUCCCUUUUUCUAAACAUAACCUCCUUGUGGAAAUCCCCUGCACAUCUUCUGCCAUGUUAACUGAAAGCUUUUGUCCUAACAAUGGUUUAUGCAUAUUCCUUUUGCCUUUUUUACUAUCGUUUUAUCAAUGCCUUAUAGGACUUAUUCUUCUCUCUAGUUGUAAAGUCUACCCGUCUGUCUUCCCCUUUUCUGGUCUGUGUCCACUCCUUAUUUUCCUGUCGCCGAGGGCAAUUAGUCUUCAAGUGUUGCUCCCAACCACACCAAAAAAAAGCUGUUGACUUGACUUAGGCCACACUAAAUAAAUUUUUUUAAAUUUCAGUUUUUAAGUGUUAUGGCUAAGGUUUGCUAAUGUGGUGGCCGAUUAGGGGCCACGUUGUCAAUCUGGUAGCAGGCAUUGUGAUGAUCUGGUCGUAGGUGCAGUGCUGAUCUGGUCACUGCAUGGGUGAUGAUCUGGUUGCAGGUAAAGUCUAGAUAUGUAUGCCGACCAGACGUAUUUCUGGUCAUAGUCAAGAUGUGUACAACUACGCUGUCCCAUGAGGCUGUUCCAGUUAACUGCCAUAUGCUCUGCUCUGACCUGCUUUUAACUCUUUACACCAGAUGAGCAGGUUUAAUGUUCCAUUGAGCGGAACACCGUCGCUGUGUUCGGACAGCAAUAUUUGGCUAACAGGAGAUAACCUGUUCUAACCAACACCUCUUCAGGAUACGUUUUCUGGACUUUUCAGAGUUUGGGUGGGCCCCCAAUGUUGACUUUAGAGACUACUACUAUUGUUACUACAUACACUUGCUGGGGAUUAUGUAAUACACUUGCACAAUUACGCUCUGGUACUCUAUACUGAGAUGACAGCCAUGCAUCACAAAAGUCCUGAGUAUUAGAUGUCAAGUAACGGACUCCUUUAUUAUCCAAAAAAUCACAUACCGGUACUAAAAUCCAUACUAUCAAAAGUCACAAAUAAUCCUUUUCGGAGUUAUAAUCACAUAAUAACAUCCUUAUUAACAACAGGCACUAAUAAUCAUUUCAAAGUAAUCCCUCAUCUCUCACUACUCAAAGUAGCUACUUAUUUUAUAACAAAGCAAUGGACCCUAAAACAAAAUCAAAACAGGAGAAAAACUCCAUAGUUUACAAAAAUGAUUUUGAGGUCCUUACUAAAAGAUCCAUAGCGUUUGAACCACUUGAGUUAGCAAGUUGAUCUUGGUGGUUUUUUAAACCAUUCACUAGGCUCUUUGCAGAUGUUGUAUUUCCACAUUUUAAUUUUUUUCAAAAUUUUCACCAAAGUGUCUACAUAAUCUAUUCCAUUUUUUAUAUCCUGAUUGCAGAUCAGGUUAAUAAAUCUGACUCAUUUUAGACGUAACUUAAUUUUUUUAAAAUUAUAAUUAUAGUUAUGCAUACUUUUAAAAAAAAAAGAUAAGGGCCAUUUUAAGUUAGAAUAAAAUAGUGCAAAUAGGUCCUAAGCUUUAAUGUGAUGUUAGUGAAAGGGCAGAAGUAGAGAAUAUAAAUAUAUAAUAUACAUUAAAAUAAUAGCAAAUUGUGUCCUAAAAAAAUCAAUUGUACGGGUACCCGUUGCUCAUUGCAUCCGACAACUAAAACCUUACUAAUUCUCCACUAUUCAUAUAGGCACAUAUACUUUAACAAGAAUGGUGCAGUUGAGCCCAUCUGCUUUGGUUUAAGAGCUUUUGUUUGAAGCUUACACCAAAAGUUAGCCCAGGUAAUCAAAAAUUGGCAAAUUUUCAGUUGAUUAAAUUAUGAAUUAAUCAUAAAAAUAUGUUUUCUCCAUACAGAUGCAUGUUUAAGGUGUCAGUCAGAAAACAAACAAGAUGACUGUGUGGGUGAGUUCUUCCUUGAGUGUUUCAUCUAAAUUCUUUUGGCAGAAUAACUCUGUUACAAUUACUGACUUAUAAUCAUAGCAAAAGACACAGAUAAGAAAAAUCUUAAAUUAAGAGCUAGUUUUAACCACAGUAUUGGGUUUAGAGGUAAGUUAGUUUAUGGAAUGCUAGAAACAUGGGAUUUGUUGUAAUUAUUCGAUAUCAUCCGCCUUCCUGCAAAGACCAAAGUAAAAAAAGGUGCUGAUUCGUGAACUGCUGUUCGCCGAUGAUGCCGCCUUAACAUCUCACACUGAAGAAGGUUUUCAGGGGCUGGUUAACCGUCUAUCACACGCUUGCAAAGAGUUUGGACUUGCGAUUAGUCUACAGAAAACACAUGUAAUGAUCCAAGAAGCACCGUCCUCUCCAAUCAUAUCUAUUGAGGGUCAUAAUCUUUUGGUUGUUGAGCUUUUCACAUACCUUGGAUCCAAUAUUUCUAGGUCUCUCUCCCUCGAUGAAGAGAUAAAUAUCAGGAGCGCAAAAGCAGCAGCAACCAUGGCUAAACAGAAUAAGCAGGUGAGGAAUAAUCUCAAUCUAACUGAUAAAACAAAAAUAAGUGUCAAUCAGGCAUGUGUGCUUAGUACCCUCCUAUAUGGUAGCGAAGUAUGCACCACAUAUACCAGUCAGGAGCGGAAACUCAACAGCUUCUACCAAAGAUGUCUGCGUCGCAUUUUACGCAUUCGAUGGCAGGUCAAGGUGCCUAACACUGAGGUCUUAGCACGUGCACACAUGUUUAGCAUAUUCUCCUUUCUUAGCAAGAGGCGUCUUUGCUGGUUAGGCUACGUAAGGAGAAUGGAGGAAGGCCAUAUCCCAAAGAUGCUGCUGUAUGGAGAGUUGGCAGAAGGGACAAGACUUAUUGGAUGGCCACGCCUGAGAUUUAUGGACGUUUGCAAAAGGAAUAUGAGGGAAGCCAAUAUUGAAAUCAACGAAUGGGAGCUCGUUGCCGAACAACGUUCCAGCUGGCGAACAGCAGUGUAUGAAGGAGUAAAAAAGGCAGAAGAUACGUGAAACGAGGACCUUGCAACAAAAAGAAUAAUAGAGAAGUCAAGAUCUUACCAGGAAUUAAUAUUCUCCUGCGAGAAAUGCUGUCCAUAUUGUCAUUCUAGGAUUGGCCUAGUGAGCCACUCGUCGAAGUGUAGAAUAUAAUCAAUAAUUAUUAAAUGUACAUGUGUGGAAAACUAUUAUUAACCUACUCCUGCGAUAGUGUCACUUUUUGUCCUCAAAUAUUACCACGAGCUACUGCCAAUACCAUCACCUUUCAUCCCAGACUGCAUUAUGUCAUGUUCAUUCAUGGUAACUAUAAAGCUAACCCAUAUAACAUGAGAAUUUAGUUCCUUUGAAGAAAUUUUUAAAAAUGUUAUCUGAUUUUGAUACUGGUACUACGUUAAUAAGAAUUUGAAAUAUUCCAUAGCUUUCAAAGCUCAAGUUUAGUUUACUAUCAAGAGCAGGUGAUGAAAUUAUAACAAAUAAUGAUGUCAAGUCUAUUGAACUGAACCCAGAAAGUUAUGGUGGUGAUGCUAAAUGGUUGAUUUUAACUUUAACUCUGAAUCAGAUUUUAAAACUAUUAUAUCAGUAAAUGAUGCUAGUGGAGGACAACUAACAAUAGUGAUGGCAGUGAAAAUGAACUGAACUAUGAAUUUAUAUUCAACAGGUUAUUACAUCUAUAAGCAUAUUUUUAAAUUAUAAUAAUCAAAUAAAAAAAUUGUUUUUAAACAAAAUAAUAUUUUAAACUAGUGCUCCGCAAAAAGUGUGCAGCUGCCAAUUAAAGUUCCGCCAGAUGAUGCUAAGUGUUUCACAACGGGGGGAGGGGGGGGGGGGCUUAAGUGUGGCGGGUCAAUAUUUUAAAGGCACAAUAUUUUAAACUAGUGCUCCGCAAAAAGUGUGCAGCUGCCAAUUAAAGUUCCGCCAGAUGAUGCUAAGUGUUUCACAACGGGGGGAGGGGGGGGGGGGCUUAAGUUGGGCGUGUCAAUAUUUUAAAGGCACUGUUGAUCAAAAAGCUAACAAUGAUUCACUUCUUACCAGCAUGAAAUCUUGUUAAGCCAUGUCUAGAUUAUAUUUAAUAACAUGGAAUUUUUAUUUUUUUUAUUUUGCAAAUUACAUAAGAGAGAAAUAAUAUUUACACAUGAUCAAUGAGAAAAAGACUAUAAAGAAGCAUGUAAGUUCAUUGGAGUUGUAUUUUAUAUUUGUUUUUGGUGAAUAAUUCAGAUUUAUUUCUACCCAACAGUGGUGUGGGGAGAAUGUAACCACUCAUUUCACAACUGCUGUAUGUCACUCUGGGUCAAACAGAACAACAGAUGUCCUCUGUGCCAACAGGAAUGGGUGGUCCAAAGAACUGGAAAGUGAUUGGCUAAAUUGAUGAAUAUUAUAUGUUUUGCUUUGCUAUGCAGAAUAUUCUAUUUUAAACUCAGUUGGUCUAUUGGUAAAUCAGAAAAUUAUCCAAAAAAAUCAAAUUUGUAUCCUUUUUUCAAACACAUUUAGUUUAAGUACCAGACCAAAGCAGUUUGUCAUAUUAGUUUUAGAAUAGAUUGAAUUUGUUAUCCUCUUAAUGCUUGGUUAAAGUCUUGGAAAUUUGAACUUAACAUGUCAAAUCAGUUUCACAAUACACCAGUUGUAAAUUCAAAUAAGCUGAUUCUCAAUGAAUUUGAACAGUAAAGGCGAACAUUGGUUCUUAAAGACAAAAAAAAAUAAUAAAGGUAUUUUUUUUAAUAAUCUGAAACUAAAUAUCAAUUAUGUUAUAUUAUUUACAUUUCUCAUUUUAAAUACCUACACAGAUCCUUGUUAAUUUGUGACUUAAGUGAUUUGUUUGAAUUGAUUCUAUAGUAAGACAUAAGGAUUUAAUAUAAAAAAAUCUCAAGAGCAUCUGAAUAUGAACAUAAAUCUUUGAAACUAGGAAAUCACUCAUUAACUUGUACAAGAUACAUUUCUUUCUGAUUGCUUGGAGUGUUAUGUAAGUAAGUAAUCAUUUUAUUUCCACCAGACACCUUAGCACUGACAUAAUUAUAAUUAUGAUAUUGCAUUUUGUUUUAAUUUAAAAUGAUGUUAUUGCCUAUAUAAAAAAAAUCACAAGUUAGUGACAUAGUUUUAGGCCCCCUGCAUUUAUAAAUGUUAUUUAUAAAUUAUUAUAAUUAUUGAGUGAAUAUAGUAUAUAAAUAAAAUGUCCACACUUAGUUAUUAUAUGAAGUAAAGGUUAAAGUAUAAACAAAAUGCCAUCAGUGCUGGAUGGCCUUUUAAAAAAUACUUAAUACUAAGUUUUUAAAGGAGGUUGUUUGAACUGUUAUUUAAAGUUCUAAGGAGUGAAUUUCUCACCAUACAACAAAGAGAGCAUGUAGGGAUUCAGUGGCUUUGCAUAAAUCAGUUUUAAAUGAAAACUAUUGUGUAUUAUAUUGAUGAGGAGGAACUGGAAUACACAAAACUACAUGUUGGGGGUCAGGCAGUUGUACCCCAGUUUCAGUAAAUCAAAAUCAUGUGCUAGAGUACCCUGCGCAUCCCCCCCCCCCCAAAGCAAAAGUAUGUCCAACAAUAAAUCAACUGGAACUACUGGCACU